UGCCCGAACUUAAACGACAUGGCGGCUUCUUACCAGUUUGAACCGGUUACUUAGAUUGCCGUUUUUAGCAUUGAAAAAUCGAGGGAGAAGCGUGAACAAUAGUGACGGAGGUUGCUGUGAAAGAUGGCUUAAGGGAGUCUGGAAUCGUCUAAUGCAGUGACCUGUCCAGCAGAGUUGAUCAACUGGAAAGACAGAAUAUCUAAGGCUUGAUCUGUGUGAAUGUCUUAUCGACUCUAAUGCCUCCGGCCAGUAUGACAGCUUUGACAGAACAAGCAACAAAGUUGCUGGACUUCAACCAAAAACUUGAUAUCAAUUUGCUUGACCAUGUUGUGGGCUGCAUGUAUAGUGGCGAAGGACAAACACAACGUGUGGCCCAAGAGGUGCUAACAACACUGAAAGAACACCCAGAUGCAUGGACCAGAGUAGAUACCAUUUUGGAGUAUUCAAAUAAUCAACAGACAAAAUAUUAUGCCCUACAGAUACUUGAAAAUGUAAUAAAAACAAGAUGGAAAGUUCUGCCAAGAACUCAGUGUGAAGGUAUCAAAAAAUACAUUGUGGGUUUAAUAAUCAAAACGUCAUCAGAUCCAGAAACACUAGAAAGAGAGAAAGUGUACUUGGGAAAGUUGAACAUGAUACUUGUACAGAUUUUAAAGUAUGAGUGGCCAAAAAAUUGGCCUUCUUUCAUCUAUGAUAUUGUGGGUGCAAGUAAAACAAAUGAAUCCCUCUGCCAAAAUAACAUGGCAAUCCUCAAAAUUCUCAGUGAGGAGAUCUUUGAUUUCUCAAGUGGACAGAUGACACAGGCCAAGGCCAAACAUUUGAAGGACAGCAUGUGUACAGAAUUUGCUCAGAUUUUCACAUUGUGUCAGUUUGUUCUGGAUAACUCGCAGAAUGCCCCUCUAGUGGGUUCCACGUUGGACACUUUGAUGAGGUUCCUAACCUGGAUUCCUCUUGGCUACAUAUUUGAGACAAAACUCAUAACCACACUCAUUUAUAAGUUCCUAAAUGUCCCGAUGUUCAGAAAUGUCACCUUAAAAUGUUUAACAGAAAUUGCUGGUGUUUCUGUCACACAGUAUGAUGAACAAUUUUUACAGCUCUUUAAUCUGACUAUGACACAGCUUAAACAGAUGUUGCCCACCAGCACAAACAUCAAAGAUGCCUAUGCUCAUGGUCAGGAUGAUGAACAAAAGUUUAUUCAGAACUUGAGUUUAUUCUUGUGCACCUUUUUAAAGGAGCAUGGCACUUUGGUAGAAAAAAAGCAAGAACUUCAUGAUGUAUUAAUGGAGGCUUUGCACUAUUUGAUUCUCAUCUCUGAGGUGGAAGAGACUGAAAUUUUUAAGAUCUGUUUGGAAUACUGGAAUACUUUAGCUGCUGAUCUGUACAGAGAAAGUCCAUUCAGUGCUAGUCAGACUCCUCUGCUUAUUGGCAGAAUGGCUGAUGUACCACCGUCUAGGAGAGCUCUUUAUACUCCUGUGCUUUCAAAGGUGAGGCGGGUAAUGAUCUCAAGAAUGGCCAAGCCAGAAGAGGUGCUAGUGGUAGAGAAUGAACAGGGAGAAGUCGUGCGUGAAUUCAUGAAGGACACAGAUUCUAUCAAUCUGUAUAAAAACAUGAGAGAGACUCUUGUAUAUCUUACUCACUUAGAUUAUCAAGACACGGAAAACAUUAUGACUGAAAAAUUGACAAAUCAAGUGAAUGGUACAGAAUGGUCUUGGAAGAAUCUGAAUACACUUUGCUGGGCUAUUGGAUCUAUAAGUGGUGCUAUGCACGAGGAAGAUGAAAAGAGGUUUCUGGUCACAGUAAUAAAAGAUUUGUUGGGUCUGUGUGAGCAAAAGAGAGGGAAGGAUAAUAAAGCCAUCAUAGCCUCUAACAUAAUGUAUGUGGUGGGGCAGUAUCCCAGGUUCCUACGAGCACAUUGGAAGUUCCUGAAGACAGUUGUUAACAAGUUGUUUGAGUUCAUGCAUGAAACCCACGAUGGAGUGCAGGACAUGGCAUGUGACACAUUCAUCAAGAUUGCCCAAAAGUGCAGGCGGCAUUUUGUACAGGUUCAAGUGGGAGAAGUGAUGCCAUUUAUUGAGGAAAUUCUCAACAGUAUUAACACCAUAAUAUGUGACUUGAAUCCACAACAGGUGCAUACUUUCUAUGAAGCUGUGGGUCUGAUGAUCAGUGCACAAACAGACCAGGGAGCUCAAGAGCAUCUGGUGGAAAAAUAUAUGAUGCUACCAAACCAAGUGUGGGACACAAUUAUUAAUCAGGCUACACAGAAUGUAGAGGUGCUGAAAGAUCCAGAGGCAGUGAAACAGCUGGCCAAUAUUUUAAAAACCAAUGUUCGAGCAUGCAAGGCACUUGGACAUCCAUAUGUAUUACAGCUUGGGCGUAUUUACCUGGAUAUGCUGAAUGUGUAUAAAGUGAUGAGUGAAAACAUCAGCAUUGCCAUUGCAACAAACGGAGAGAAUGUAACCAAACAGCCUCUUAUCAGGAGUAUGAGAACUGUGAAAAAAGAAACACUUAAACUUAUCUCAGGAUGGGUCAGCAGGUCUAAUGACUCCCAGAUGGUUGCAGAAAACUUUAUCCCGCCUCUUCUUGAAGCAGUUUUGAUGGACUAUCAACGAAACGUACCACUUGCAAGGGAACCAGAAGUGCUAAGCACAAUGGCAACAAUAGUCAAUAAAUUAGAGGGCAGUAUAACUAAGGAUGUUCCACAGAUAUUUGAUGCUGUGUUUGAAUGCACAUUGGAGAUGAUCAACAAAGAUUUUGAGGAGUUUCCAGAACAUCGAACAAACUUUUUUCUCUUACUACAAGCAGUAAAUUCUCAUUGUUUCCCUGCUUUCCUCGCCAUACCACCUGCACAGUUCAAACUAGUGCUGGACUCCAUCAUCUGGGCUUUCAAGCACACCAUGAGAAAUGUGGCCGACAUGGGACUGAGCAUCAUGUACACAUUGCUACAGAAUGUUGGGCAGGAGGAAAAUGCAGCACAGAGUUUCUACCAGACCUAUUUUACAGACAUACUGCAGCAUAUCUUUUCUGUUGUAACUGACAGUUCACAGUCAGGAGGUCUCACAAUGCAUGCCAGUAUAUUGGCAUACAUGUUCACAUUGGUGGAGAUGGGCAAGAUCACCGUUUCACUUAGUCCAAACCACCAAGCAUCUCAAAAUGUACAGUUUGUACAAGAAUUUCUUGUUAAUUUGCUAAAAGCUGCCUUCCCACAUCUGAAUGAUACGCAGUUGCGAGUUUUCAUUGAAGGGCUGUUCAGCUUUGACCAGGACAUUCAGGCUUUCAAAGAACACCUUCGUGAUUUCUUAGUGCAGAUCAGGGAGUUUGCUGGGGAAGACAAUUCAGACCUCUUUCUUGAGGAGCGGGAGUCGGCUAUUCGAGAAGCUCAGGAUGAGAAGCGAAAGCAACAGAUGGCAGUUCCAGGAAUACUGGGUCCUCAUGAGGUAACAGAAGACAUGCAGGACUAGUCUGUGAAUGAACCUCAGCCAUUUCUUCAUGCCAUUCAAUGAGAACAUUUCAUCAUUAUAGGGCAUUCAUUUGUAAAGAUAUUUUCAGACAUUUUUUUUGGUUUGGUCCAUGUUCUGUGUUGUUUAUUAAUAUUAAUCCUAAAAAGCAUUCAGAAGCUACAUGUAUAUGAAUCAGCGUUAGAAUGUUAUUUACUUUGAAGAAUUUUUCAUGUAGAUGCAAAUAUUAUUUAUAAAUAAAAAUGUAAUUAGCUGCUCCAUCCUUUUCAGAAGUCCAUAUCAUUUGUAAAUACUGCACAGUAUUGUAGUGUUUAUACUGGUAGAUCACUCAUUAUUUUUCAAAAAAAAAAAAGUGAUCUGUUCAAUCAGUUCUGUGUGAGAGUUAUGCUUGAUAGAAGUUGGACGUCUCACAUGCUGAUGGUAUUGCACAAGGCAGCUUUAUGUUAUCUAUUAUCUUCAUGCAAAUUAUAUUAAGUGUGUUAAGUAAGAUGAGGAUUUUUGAUGAAGAUUUCAUGAUUAUAAUGAAAUGGUAUUCACCAUUGGAAUUUAUUUUGGGGUUUAAAAGUGAGCAAAAAAUCAACACUUGAAAAGAAAUUUGAACAGCUUAGGAUAAGAGAAUUGCAUAUGGGUCUUUUGAGCAUUUUAACUAUUUGGAGAACUUGAAUUAAGAAUUAGUUAUGUAGUGUCAAUUGAAAAUGGAUAAAUUAAUGGCUUGCUUUUUACUCGCAGUCUUGGCAAUGUGUGGUAUAAUUUUAAGCAGAAUAAACAUUUAUUUUAUAUGCCAUUGUAUGUUAUGUGGAGCUACUUAAAACUAGUAAAAUAUUCGGGUUAGAUUUUUGAUUAUAUGACUUUUUCUCUAUUCAAUCAUUUAUUGAUGAAUUAAGUUAUUUUGCUAGAAUGUCAAAUUGUAAAUAUGCCAUAAAUGAGUGCUUGAUGAAAUUUCAGAAGUUUUAAUGGUGAGGCUGUCCAACUUUGUGUGAAUGACAAUUAUGAAUGUUGUUAGCAGUAUCUGCUAUGACAUGGUACACAUUUUUUUUCACCAUCACCCGGUAAAUGGGUCAUUAUUUCAUGACAUUGUUUACAGCUGUACUGGAACACUCAUCAUGUACUUUUCGAUUUGUUUCUUCAUAACAUUGGCGACAUUUUCAAGCACCCAUCAAGUCAUAAUCAUUAUGUUAGAUAAUAAAGAGAGUGAUGAAAUUUG